CCCCAUCACUCACUACCGUCCCACUGCGGCGACCCAGGUCGAGGCACCGAUAGCCACCGAGAGAUAGGAGCGAGGAGCGCUCAGCCGUCGGUCAUAAGACCAGGUAACUGGUGAUAAGCAGCAUAGUCCGGCUACGACCCUCUUCCUCUGUUUGAUUACAAAAACUGUGUAACGACACAUUAUAUUAUAUCACGAAGGAAACAAUCUUCACUGUGCUGACAUCUCGAGAUACGAAGCUUACGUACAAGGAUUUCGAACUUUCGGACCCCCGCAGAAAAGUGGUCAAGGGAGAAAAAAAAAGUAGGAUAAUCACUCUACACAAUUCAGUGGUGCUUAUCUUCCACGAUCUUUAUUAUCAGAGACGUGGACGUCUUCAAGAUUCACAAUGACGGGGGGCACAAAACGCUCUCAGCGACGACUCCUCCUGGUUCUGUUCCUCCUGUUGGUUGUCAGAGGCACACUUGCUGCAUCAGGCACCAUUCAGCCCCCGCAACUCACCAGCAAAGACGACAACCGCGACGUUGGAGCCGGCAAAAAUGUCGGAGACUCUCACACUGCCACGAACACAUCGGACAACGAGACAGUCAACGAAGAUGACAACCGGACACCCUCACACCAUGAUAAUAUCAAACAUCAGACAAGAGCUGGAAGCUCGGGUGACGAGCAAAUUGAUACGCACGGGGUCACUGGCGGUCAUACUGAGAACAACGGGGACAAAUCUGCUACCAAGGAAAAUCCCACUGCGAGCGCAAGGCCACGGACAGUAGACCCCGCACAAGAAGAUCACGACAACAACGUGCCUCAAAGGCCGGCUCAGCCCCCCGUGACUCGCCCGGGGAAGAACACCAUUCCCCAGCUGGCCAAACCGGCUGACGCCGGAACACUGACGGACGACCAGAUCCCACAGGAGGCGAAAACAAAGCCAGGCCGAGACUUGCAACCUUCACCAGGCCAAGACUCGGCGACCAGCGACAAAGACACCAACGAGACGAUCGACCCGGACAGGGAGACCCCAGCAGACGGACCGCAUCAGACUACUGGUUACGACAAACCGGUCAAACCCCAGCGCUCAGGGGCACAAACCCUCCACGACAAAAGCCACAAAGGAGCUUCGACAGUAAUUCAGAAAAUCCAAAGCGAAACCGAUGCUCCACCACCAUCUCAAACCAAGGAAGGUGAACAAGACCCUGGUAAAAUGAACCCGACACAGACACAGCAAGAAGAAAAAGACGUACAGCGAGCUCGAAAGGAUGUUGAAGACGACAAAAACGUGAAAGGAGGGGAGAGGGAGAAGGAGGCUGAUGGACGGGAGCUGGGCGGUGCCGUGGCGGGUAACCUCGGCCGGGUGCACUCGUUUGCGGCACAACACGUGCUGGACAACCGGACAUUCACCCAUCUCAACAUUUCGCUCACCAACGAGGGCCACGCCGUCAAUGUGGACUGGUCGUUCGCCUCCAACGACAGCCGCAUCACUGGCUUUGUCGUCUGUUACCGGAUAAGCGAGCGAGAGCAGUACGACUCCUCCAAACUCGGUCUCCAGGUCCGAAGCUUCACCCUGCACUCGCUCCACAAGGACGAGGACUACGAGAUCUGCGUGCACGCCAUGAUCAACACCACGGUGAUACAGGAGUCCUGCGCCGAGUGGUCAGAGGACUCGCUCAAGAUGGUCACUGGUAUCAUGGCAGGUGUCUUGUUUCUUGUGCCUUGUCUGAUUGCCCUGUUCUGGAUACUCUACAAAGACCGACGCGUGAGCAAAAUGUACAACAAGCUCUCUCACAAGGACAAAGACGCCCAGACGUUUGUGCCUAAGGGGCAUGCACAUCAGCAUGUUGACCUGGAGGAGGGCGUGUACAAGGAGAAACAGCACCACCACAGCCACCAUCACGACCACCACCACCACCACCCACACCAGCAUGCCAAUACCGAUGCUAAAACCGCCCAGCCAAAGACGCUAUCCACUACAGCGUCGAAGAUGAAUGGAGGCCUUGGCCACCAGAACACCACCAUCAAGCCAGAGGCACAAAGUCUCACCACCAAGGUCAACGGUCAAGACGUACAACCCUUCGCCAAAGUCAUCAACGGACAUAAGCACGGAUCCGAACCUACAAGCCCCGGAAACGACACCCACAGCUCCCCAAAGGCGCCUUCUAAAUCGUCCCCACGACAAAUAAAGCUGAAGACGCCGAAAACCUCCGGCCCAUCUCCCUCCUCCUCCCCCUCUACUCUACAAGAAGGCAUCGCGCUGAAAGCAUCACCCGACGGUAUCCCACUAGCCUCCAGCACCGACACAGACGUGGCGUGCUAUCAACGCAUCGACCCAGCGACAAAUGCGCCCAGCCCAUGUGAGCUCGCGCGCCCCGGCGCGUCGCAAGCCGGCGUCUCCAUCGUGACAAACACAUCCGGUGCGUAUGGCAACGGGGGACAAGUCUGACUUGACUCGAAUCAAGCAGACAACUGACUGAGCCUCCAUUGGUUUUCAAAAUGAACAAAAAACCCAGACUGCCAAAGAAGAAAAAAAAGAGACAAUAGUGCUGCAGUGGCCAUGUACUGUCGGAGGCACCGGAGUCCGUGGUCCGUAACAAUAUCGACAGAAGGACUAAACUUUCGCUACAAUCAACGGGAUUUACUUAUACUCCUAUACCCUUGGCACUUUUUAGUACUCCGAAGACAGUACGCGUGGAGCAAACGCCAAUUCGGUCAUUAAUAUGGUUCAUGAGUAUACCUUGAACUUCAGGUAGAGAUGACGCCAAAAAAGCCGGCAAAAAUACGAUCCAAAAUUAAUAUAAAUAAAUGUACCUGCAUGAAUAUAUGGACUCGUCAAUAGUCAGAACUCGGAGAACAGAGGCCAAAAUAAAGCAGUAACAGUGCAAAGGCACCGUAGCCUACAACACAUUCAAAAGGCGUAAGACCCUCACUAAACACGCUUGUGAGAGAUUCAGAUCCGAGAUGGACUGAUAUCAUGACCCUUUGAAAAGAAGAAAACCAUGGACUAGUCUAUGUGUGCGCAUUUGGUGGAUCCAAGAGCCUGUACAAACCGACAGCACCAGCAUACAUCUCAGUGGCCCCAUAGAGGACACUUCUCCAAAUCCCGGCACAUGGACUUAACUCUUUCGGUUGCACGACUUCUGAGGACACUGUAAAUGAUGAUCUUCAUAAACAGUACUGCACUUUUGGCGCAAGGUCACCAAAGAGUAUGGGCACCUUCAUGUCCAUUUCCUUACUCACUUCAUAUGCGGUGGAGAUGUUUUACAACUCCGGUAUGUCGCGGGGUGGUAGCGUAACUCAAGUGUUCCGGCGAAUAUUACUCUUUAAAAAAAGAUAUUCCAAGGAACCGGGAAGGGGGAGGGGGGAUGCCCUGUAAAAGUAAAUACCUCGGAGUGGUGCGAUUGUUUUGUGAAAAUACAAUUUUUAAUAGAUAUUCCAGGCAUUGUUGAUGGAUACAGUGGAGUGAAAUCAGAUUACGUGUUUGUUCCUCCUGUAAAAUUUGAAAACCCCGAGUUACGACAGUUGUGUCGUUACCCCGAGAUGUAGGAACUUUCUAGGCGCACUGCGUUGGCACUGCCUGCCGCGGUCAGCCAAGGAAGAGUGGAAUACGGGAUUGUACACAAAGGCGGGAUCCCUUGAGAAAGUGAAUUGUACAAGUGAGAAUUGAGCUCACAUCGCCCAUGUGCAAGGCAAAGAACCUAUCCCUAACAAACUGACACCGAAGGUAGAGAAUCGGUCAGUGGACGGACAUGACAAACAGUGAGAGCAAAAACAAAACAAAAAAACAAGCCCACCUUAUGUGAGACUUUGAUAUUUGCAAGGACAUACACAGUACAACCCCUGGUGGUUACAAAUGAACAUUAUUCUUGACGCACUACGCGCCCACCAGAUACACAAUGAGCUAGUGUAUUCCAGGUCAACACUCUCAGAGCAGACAUAGCAUCUGAUUGUCGGAUUGUAUGAUUGUAUGAGUAAAGAGAAGCACAUCGACACAAUAAUGGUCAUUUAGUGUUGAGAAAAAGUAAGACAGACAAACAGAAACAACACAGGGGAAAGUAAAAAAGUAGGACCUACCAGUGGCGCCCUCCAACCACCCACUGAUUGUCGGAAAAAGGCUAAAUAUUAUUUUCAGGAAAAUUAAUCAAGCAAAGAACUGGUGGAGUUCUCACGCACGACACAGACAAACGAGACAUACAUGACAAUGCUUUUCCAUUACAAUAAAACACGAAAUGUCUACAAGAAAAA